AUGCUUGGUGGAGAAGUCAAGAGGGAUGAACUCUUGAAAAGAUCACUUACCUUGGGAAUUGAACAUAAAGGAACAAGGAGGGAUUUGAGAAGCUAUGAUAAGCCUUGGCAAUUAAAUGCAAAGAAGCCCAAAAAGUCAAAAAGUGACCUUGCUGUCUCUAAUAUUUCUCCACCGUCACCAGAAUCCAAAUCAUUGUCAAGGUCAGUAGAUCAUCCUAAGUGGAACUGGCGAACUAAACCAGAAAGCCGUGAUUUUGAUGAAUUGAACCACAUCCUUCAAGAGAGCAAGAAGCUGGGAAAAGCCCUUGAGAAGCUCUCUCGAAGUAUUGCAAUUUCAGAUGAACUUGAUAAGGAAACAGUGGCAUUUAAUUCUUCUCUUCUAAGACCCCGUGUAAUUGGAGAAUGGAUUGGUCGAGAAGAGAAUGAUGCUGACCCAUUAGCAGCUGAAAUGCUACAGCCCCCAAUUCCAAGAAGUAAAAAUGAACAAUGGGAAAGUGAAGAUAGCAGCUCUAGCCCCACAGGAAGCUUAAAGGUGGAACCCAAGACCAAGGGAUUAAAACAACAGCAACAGCAACAUAAGAAACUGCUGGCAGCAAUGCUCUCUCAAGAUUCUUUUGAGUCUAUUCACAGCCCUACCCCACCUGUAACAGAAGAAGAUAUUGAUAAUGAAGAUGAUGCAAUGGAAUUGCUGGAGGAUCUUGAUGAUUUAAGAAUGGAGGGAGUGACUACCCUGGCACCUUCUGGGAGCAAAUUUAAUCAAGGCCGUGCUACUCACCCUGCUGAACUUCAGGCCAAGGUCACACUGAACAUCUGUUCAAGGUGUGCCAGACUUCAAGGAGACAACUUGGCAGAAAGAACAGAGGAGAUGACACAAAUACUUCCUUCUCCAGAUGAAAUAAUCCUGGAUUCUUUGAAUUCUUUACCUGGGACUGAAGAAGCACUAAUGGAGGAGGGUGGAGAAUUUGAAAUAGCAUCUAAAUUAACAGGACCUGGAGAAGCCCCCAGUGGAGGACAGUCAUUGAAACACUACAUGGAAGAAGAUGAUUCUUUAAAGCAAUUGCAGGUGGUUCACCAACCAUGGAUCUUGCCAAGUGACACAGAAAGUGAAGGAGUGGAAGCAGAACAAGAGAAACGUUCUACUGACCUUCUUCUGUGUGUUCCGUGCUCUUCUUGUCCUACUCUGGUCUACUCUGGUCUGUGAAACAGGCAGAGAUUGCAAGUGGUCCUUAAGGAAAUUGCAAUUAUUCAAAUCCUUAUGUAUAGAUCUAAUUUUAUUUACUAUGUGUAAUCAUUUAAAGAAUGGUUAUUUUUAUAAUAUCAAUAACAAACAAGUACUCUUGUAACCAGGGGGUGCCCUAAGUCAGUAAUCAGAGAACACUAACCCUGGCAAAGGAUUCUGGGGUGGUCAGCAUGCCUGCUGCCUUUUGACAUGGUUGGUGCCCUGGGUUUAGAUUACUUUAUAUCUAGCUAUUAAGAUUACUAUUUGAUACACUAAAUAUUGCCUGAGUCAAAAGACUUUGCUUAAAAUUUUUCUGUAUUUUAACUUGUCUAGGAUUUUCUAUUUCUUAUAUUUUUAUAAUAUUUUCUCAUUUUUUUAGAUUAAUAAACAUUAUACUUACCCACAUGUGCCAGGAUGUGCCACUUAGGUAUCUCUGGGAGUUAGCUGUUCAGUGUCAUGACCUGCCCUAUACGUUCUGUGCAGAGUGGGGUGCAUUCUCCACCACUGAUCCUUUCUGCAAUUAUUGUCCCUGCUCCUAGCAAAACAUAUAAUUGAUAUGUUAAUUCAAUAAAGCAGAUCAAUAAGGAAUGAAAUGCAUGCCCCAACGCAUAUCAAUGAAAACUGUUUGACCAUUUAUGCAGUUAUUGAACCCAACUAAGACUAUCCAUUUUAAAGUUGAUAUAUGCUUGCUUUUGGACUGUGUUAUGCAUUGAUACAAAGUGAAUGGAUCUAAGUAAUUUAUUG